GCUUGGGUCUGGGCGGAAGCGCAUGCGUGCGGGUGGAGUCCGCUUCUUUGAAUUCCCGAGGCGGCAUUCGGUCGUCAGAGGCCUGUGCGGCUAUACGUCGAGUGUGUUAGGACCCUAGGAAACGACUUGGGACCUGUAACCUCCCACUGGGUUGGACAUACAUAGUCCUCUUCUGAUCUGGCCUCAUCUGUUCCACGGAGGUGGGAUUGAAGACGAGGUCUCACUGUGUUGCUCAGACUGGUCUUGAACUCCUAGGCUGAAGGGAACCUCCAGCCUCACCUCCCAAAGUGCUGGUACUACAAGUGUGAACCACCAUGCCUGGUCUUAGUUGUAUACUUACUUAUUGACUCUCACCUCCCCCUUCAAUAACAUAUGCAGUAAUGUCAUCUCAAAAGAGAGGUAAGAACGUCCAGGCACAAAACAGGACUUCACAAGGUAGUAAUAGUUUUCAGACCACGCUUUCAGCCUGGAAAGUAAAGCAGGAUCCAAGCAACUCAAAGAGCAUCUCAAAACAUGGAGAAGACAAUCCAGUGGGAGAUUAUGAACAUGCUGAUGAUCAAGCUGAAGAUGCUCUGCAAAUGGCAGUGGGAUAUUUUGAGAAAGGUCCCAUUAAAACUUCACGGAAUAAAGAUAAAACCUUGGAAAAACACUUGAAAACUGUGGAAAAUGUGGCUUGGAAGAAUGGGUUAGCUUCAGAAGAAAUUGACAUUCUAUUAAAUGUUGCACUCAGUGGCAAAUUUGGAAAUGCUGUAAACACGCGGAUAUUGAAGUGCAUGAUCCCAGCAACGGUAAUAUCAGAAGAUUCUGUGGUUAAGGCUGUCUCCUGGCUUUGUGUUGGCAAGUGUUCUGGUAGCACUAAGGUACUUUUUUAUCGUUGGCUGGUUGCAAUGUUUGACUUCAUUGAUCAUAAGGAGCAAAUUAACUUGCUCUAUGGCUUCUUUUUUGCCUUAUUGCAAGAAGAUGCAUUGUGCCCUUAUGUUUGCCAUUUGUUAUAUUUACUUACCAAAAAAGAGAAUGUCAAACCAUUUCGUGUGAGAAAACUGCUUGAUCUUCAGGCCAAAAUGGGAAUGCAGCCUCAUCUCCAGGCUUUGUUGUCUCUGUAUAAGUUCUUUGCUCCUGCUCUGAUUUCUGUAUCUUUGCCUGUAAGGAAGAAGAUCUAUUUUAAGAAUUCAGAGAAUCUAUGGAAGACGGCUCUGCUUGCCAUGAAGCAAAGAAACCAGGGACCUUCUCCAGAACCUCUGAAAUUGAUGUUAGGUACAGCUAAUGUUCGUCCUCUAAAAAGAAAGUGGAAUUCUCUCUCAGUUAUACCAGUGCUCAAUUCCAGUAGCUGCACUAAAGAAUGUGGAAAAAAAGAGAUGAGUCUUUCUGAUUGUCUGAGUAGAAGUAGAUCAUUUCCACUAGAACAGCUUCAAAGCUUCCCCCAACUUUUACAGAACAUCCAUUGCUUAGAGCUGCCUUCUCAGAUGGGCUCAGUGCUAAACAGCUCUCUGCUGCUUCACUAUAUUAAUUGUGUCAGAGAUGAGCCCGUCUUGCUGAGGUUUUAUUACUGGUUGAGUCAAACAUUACAAGAAGAAUGUAUUUGGUACAAGGUGAAUAAUUAUGAACAUGGAAGAGAAUUUACCAAUUUCCUGGAUACUAUCAUCAGGGCAGAGUGCUUCUUACAAGAGGGAUUUUAUUCUUGUGAAGCUUUCCUGUAUAAGAGCCUUCCUCUCUGGGAUGGCCUCUGUUGUCGGUCACAGUUCCUUCAGCUUGUGAGCUGGAUUCCUUUUAGCAGCUUCUCUGAGGUGAAACCACUUCUUUUUGACCGUCUAGCACAGCUCUUCUUUACAUCAACCAUUUAUUUUAAGUGUAGUGUUCUUCAGAGUCUGAAAGAGCUACUGCAGAAUUGGCUGUUGUGGCUUUCUAUGGACAUUCACAUGAAACCUGUUACAAACAGUCCUCUAGAGACAACUUUGGGUGGAUCCAUGAACUCUGUGUCUAAACUGAUCCACUAUGUAGGGUGCCUGUCCACUACUGCAAUGCGCUUGGAGAGCAACAGUACUUUCUUGCUGCACUUUAUUUUGGAUUUCUAUGAGAAGGUGUGUGACAUAUAUAUAAAUUAUAACCUUCCAUUAGUGGUGCUGUUUCCUCCUGGGAUCUUCUAUUCUGCACUCCUCAGCCUGGAUGCCAGCAUCCUGAACCAGCUGUGUUUUAUUAUGCACAGGUAUCAUAAAAAUUUGACUGCUGCAAAGAAAAAUGAGUUGGUACAAAAGACAAAAUCGGAGUUCAAUUUCAGCAGCAAGACUUAUCAAGAAUUUAAUCACUAUUUGACAUCCAUGGUUGGUUGCCUGUGGACCUCCAAACCCUUUGAGAAAGGAAUAUAUAUUGACCCCAAAAUCCUAGAAAAUACUGGAGUGGCUGAAUAUAAAAAGAGUUUAAAUGUAGUCCAUCAUCCUUCUUUCUUGAAUUACGCUGUUUCCUUUUUGCUACAGGAAAGCCCAGAAGAAAGGACAGUAAACGUGAGCUCUAUUCGGGGAAAGAAAUGGAGCUGGUAUUUGGACUAUUUAUUUUCACAGGGGUUACAAGGCUUGAAACUUUUUAUAAGAAGUAGUGUUCAUCAUUCUUCCGUUACCAGAGCAGAGGGCAUAAACUACAACAAUCAGUAUUAAAUGAAUGUUAACAUAUACUGAGCAUACUGGACUAAACUCCUUCCUUGAUGCUACAGGUAAAGUGGCUGAUCUUGAGUUCCUAUUUUCAUUUCACUGACUGUCACCCUCAAGGAGUACUCAGACUGGCCUUCUGUUCAUGGCUUAGGAGAGCCUUGGCGUGGCUAACUGAUUUUUCAAGAUGCAAAUUCUUUAGCCUACUAGUGAAAAAUUACCCCUUCAUCAUCAGGCUCUGCAUUCUACCAAAUUGUAUAUAAAAAGACACAUCUGUUUUGUGGUAGGAUUUUUUCCACAUUUGUGUGUACUAUGAGCUACAUUGAUGGAAGACAGCAGGUAAUAUGCGGUGACAGGUAAUUCACAGACAUACACAUGCAAAAUACUUAGCUGCCUCUGGGGACAUUCCCAUUUUUCUUACUGUGAACAAUAGCACGAGCACCAAAUUAACAGGAUGCAACAUGUAUGGCUCUAAAAGCCCUAAGUAGUUGGUAACUUCCUGGGCCUUCAAUCAUAUCAAUUUGAUGAGGGAAUGAAGGCGAGAGGAUUUGUUGGGUAAUCAAGACAUUCCUGUAUAUGUUUCAUUUCAUGAAACUGCUCUAUUUUGUUUGUGUAUAUAUGUAUAUGUGUGUGUGUGUAUAUCUAUUAUGUGUGUGUCUGUGGCUUCAGUUUUUAAGUGUUGAGGACUAAAUAAACUAACUGAAAUUUUACUUUCAGAAGGAAGUCUGAAGUUUAAAAAAAAUUAAUAGCUAGAAUAUCGUGCUGAAACUUUACUAUAAAAUUUUGCCUCAGUGCUAUUGAAUAACUCUCCCUUCUAAUAAAAUUUAUAUCAUUUGAGAAGAAUCAAGCUGAAUUAAUUUUUGUCUUUAACAAUGCAUACUUGGGGUUCUUUUUUUCCCCAUUAAGAAAACCAAACCCUAAAUUAUAUUAUUGGAUAGUGUUCAGACUAGAAAUCCCAUUCGUCCAUUGACUCAGUUAAUUGAUUUAAUAAAUAUUUAUUGAGCUCCUUACUCUGUGCCAGGUACUCUUCUGUGUGCUGGUUAUCCAGUUGUGACCAGUACAAAGUAUCUGCAUUUUUUGUUUUUGUUUUUGUUUUUUUGAAAUGGAGUCUCACUCUGUUGCCCAGGCUGGAGAGCGGGUGUAUGAUCUCGACUCACUGCAACCUCUACUUUCUGGUUCAAGCGAUUCUCCUGCCUCAGCUUCCCGAGCAGCAGGGAUUAUAGGUGCCUGCCACAAGGGCCAGCUAAUUUUUGUAUUUUUAGUAGAGACAGAGUUUUGUCAUGUUGGACAGGGUGGUCUUGAACUCUUGACCUCAAGUGAUCCACCCGAUUUGGCCUCCCAAAGUGUUGGGAUUAUAGGCGUGAGCCACUGCACCCAGCCCAAAGUACCUGUUUUUAUGGAGUUUACAUUCCAAUGGAGAAGACAGACAAUAACAAUAUAAGGAAAUGUAACAUAUCAAGUGCUAUAAAGAAAAGGCAGGGAAUGGGGAUAGAAUGUGUUGAAUUUUGUCAAAUGCUUUUUCUGUAUCUUUUGAGAUUGUCAUAUGGCUUUUGUCCUUCAUUCUGUUAACAUGAUAUAUCACAUUUACUGAUUUGUAUAUGUCGAAUCAUCUUUGCAUCCCAGGAUGAAUUCCACUGGGACAGAAUGGGUGAAUUCUGAGAUUCAGAGAUGGGACAGGUUUGGAGGAAUGUGGAAUCAAGUUCUGUUUUGGCUAUGUAAGGUUGGAAAUGCUGCUGUGUAGGCAAUUGGAUAUCCAAGUCUGGCUUCAGGGUACAAUUUGGGAUGGGAAAAACUAAUUUGAGAGUGUUUAGGGAAUAACCAUAACUUUGGAUGAGAUCAUCUAGUACAGCUAGUGAAGAGAAUGUGGCAAAAGAUGGAGACCUAAGAUAUGCCAUCAUUGAGAAGUAGAGGAACCAGCAAAAGACUGAGAAGGACCUACCAGUGACCUAGAAGAAAAAUCAAGAGACUGGUAUUCUGGAAGCCAUCAGAAGAAAGUGUUUCACAAAAGGAAGAUAGUAUUGAAUGGUGUGGAAUGUUGCCUGUAUACCUGGAAAAAAAGCAACUUCGGCUGCUUUUUAAGUAAAUGUGGUAGAGUUUGUACUGUAAAUAACUUUCCAUGUAGCUUUUCAGAUCAUGAUAUUUUGGUCCUUAAGAUCAUAUAGAACUUUCCAUUGUGAGAAGGGAUUUGAUUAUUUUAUCAUUAAAGAAACUUUUCUAAACAAAUUUAUG